AUGCUGAACUGCCGCGCGUGCCUUUGGCGAUGCAUACAAGCGCUCGACGUCCCGACUGCUAAUGCGCAACGCCUCCGCCAUGAUGUAAAUCCGCUUCUGCGACGGAGCCAGCAACGACUGCUAUCCACCCGCAAUGCCACCAGAGCAGAAUACAAGAGGUCUGCAGAGCCGAGCGAGGCCCAAGGGACAUCACGAGAUGAAGAAGAUCAUUUCAAGAACUCAGCUUUCGCAGCAAACCGGAAGAGGAGAGAGACGGCGGCGCUGCGGCAACUGCCUGCACGGCAUCCGGUCGACGAGACACCCAAUCUAGCGAGACUUGGCCGGCGAGACCCGUCCAUGUCAGAUAGCGAAUGGAACAGGAGGAAGAGGGAGUUGCGAUAUUUGCAGGACCCGCUGGAGCUUGCGACGUUUGUGAGGAACGAGUUGAAAAAGGACAAGGCAGAGGAGAUGCUGCAAUUGGUGCGCAUGGCGAGCCACUCCAUGCAGUGCAUUGUCAGUUGGAACCAUAUUAUCGACCACUACCUGGCCAAAGAGAGAGUCAACGAUGCGAUCAAGGUCUACAACGAUAUGAAGAAACGCGCGCAAUUCCCCGACUCCUACACAUAUACUAUACUCCUCAGAGGCCUCUCGUGGAACGCGCAUACAUCUGGUGUUCUUAGCAAAGCACUUUCUAUCUACCACUCGCUCUCCGCACCCAACUCGCGGGUCGAACCGUCGAUCAUGCACACGAACGCUGCGCUGAAAGUGUGCGCAAGAGCGGGCGAUAUGGAUGCUUUAUGGGGGGUGGCUGGAAAGAUACCAGAAACCGGGCCAGCAGCAGCCAAUGCCAUCACAUACAUCACCAUACUCAACGCUAUACGGCAAAGUCUGUUGGUAGACACGCCCAAAGGAGAGAGCGAGGACGAGACGGCUGCGAGGAGAGAGCGUGGAAUUAUGGAAGGGCGCCGCAUGUGGGAAGACAUUAUCGGGAGAUGGAGACGUGCAGAUCUCGCCAUUGACGAAGAGCUUGUCUGUGCAAUGGGAAGAUUGUUGCUGAUCGGCAGUCGGCCGCGAGACUGGGACGACGUACUCUCGCUGGUGGAGCAGACGAUGGACAUACCGCGGCUCGUUCCCCGGCUAGGCUCGGUGGAGCGACAAGGCGCCGGCCUUCCACACGUGCGAGCUCCCAACGUACCCGAACAAUAUCGUAUCGAUGAUGACCAUCUUUCCCCUGAUAAUGUCCCCGCGCGUGGCGACGAGUUCUUAGCUCUGACGCCUCAGGGCGUAGGUAGUGCAGUAUCGAGCCCCCUCAUUUACGUUCGACCAGGCAACAACACACUCUCCUUAGUCCAGGAAGCAUGCCAAAAAGUUGUAGCGAACAAGGCAGCUCAGGAAUACUGGGAUCUCUUGACCGACCCUACAACGUAUAAAAUCACUCCCGACUUAAAUAACCUCAACAUGCGUUUGCGUAAUCUCCGUCAGAACCGCGCCUCUAGUGCUGCAGUCCAAGUCCUGCAGCAGGAUAUGAUGAAUCGUGCCAUCAGGCCUCCACCUGGUACAUUUAGGAUCGCAAUGAGUACCUGCGUCCGCGACAAAAACAAUCACAACUCGCUAAAGAAUGGAGGCCAGAUCUUGGAUAUGAUGUCCAAGACACUGGAAGACGCAGAUCCCAAGACUGUUACUAUGUAUGCUGGGCUUGUUAUCUCUUUCCCUUUAGCCAAAGGUUCGGAUUUUAUCGAUGCCCUCACUCUACUUAAUCCCCUCGUGAAGAAUAUUCGUCUUCAAGUGGGGGUUGGUGCAGGGCAAACCAAGUAUGCAGGGCGUCGUGGACCUCAGUAUCUGAAGGGCGAAGCAAGACAAGAUGCUAUCGAUGCUCUGAAGAAAGUCCAUGGCGUAUACGACAAGUUGCUGUUCUCGAAUCUAAUCGCCGAGGAGCUAAAGAGCCCGUUCGAAAAAGAGAGAGCGAGACUCUCUGCAUUUAUCCAGAGGGUGAUGUUCAAGGGCGGACAAACGAAUGCUGAGGAUCAAGAGGCAGAUUUGCAUGGAUAUCUGCGGAAAGAGGACAGCCAAGCAGACGACAGAAUGGAACCGGGCAAAGUAGUCCCCCAUAUCCUUGGAUGGGAAUGGCACGUGCACGUCCCAAAACUACUCAAACCUCCGCGCUUCGCCGCAUACCCUCGGCCUCUCACCAACGCUCUCACAUCAAUCCGCGCGCAACCACAUCCAGUCUUAGCGAAGCCCUACGCGAUGGGCAACGACGGUGGAUCGAUUCCGAAACGUAGCGAACUCGUAAAGGAAGCCGCUAAAGCUCUCACAACCGCCCAGAUCAAAGAGGCGCAAACCGAACAACAAGAAUACGCCUGGUCCACUGAUCCUUUGACGCGCAAGCCUCUUGCCCGCCCCGUAGUUUCCGAUGCUGCUGGUAUUCUGUACAACAAGGACUCCAUCAUCGAGUUCUUGCUAAAAGAAGAAGAUGACGCAGAGAAGACGGAGAUGAAGAAGAUCGCAGGCGUCAAAGAUUCAGAAUUAGGCACAUUCGGGGAUAGGGUCAAGGGUCUGAAAGACGUGGUCGAAGUCAAGCUUGAAAUUGAGGAGAAAGACGGUGGUGAGGUACAGAAGAGUCUAGGUGAGAAAUGGAAAUGUCCCAUUACUGGAGAGAGGCUAGGGUUUGGGAGUAAGGCUGUGUAUGUUGUCCCUUGUGGGCAUGCCUUUGCGGGAAGUGUCGUUAAGGAAGUCGGCGAGAGCACGUGUUUGACAUGCAACGAACCGUACGCUGAGAACGAUAUCAUACCCAUCUUACCCACCACACCAACCGACAUCGCGCGAUUGAAUCUACGUAUGAAAGCAUUGAAGGACAAGGGCCUCACACACGCGCUCAAGAAAGCGCCCGGGAGUAAGAAGAAACGUAAGCACGGCGAUACGUCCACUGAAAACAGCGCCACGAAAACCCCACUACCAGGCGGAGACGGAAAGGCAAAGAAAGAGGGUGCAGCAAACGCGACAACAUCAGCCAACGACGGAAUCAAGAAUUCUGCCACGGCCUCCUUGACACGAAAGGUGCUUGAGGAGCAAGAAGAACGCAACAAGAGGAGGAAGAUGGCGCAAAAUGACAACGUGAAUAGUUUGUUUAACAAGACGGAGCAUAAGGCAUCGACGGGCAACAGUGCGGAUUACAUGACGAGGGGAUUCAGCAUUGGAAAGAAAUAA